CUGACUGUUCCUUUUCUUUCUUUUUUUCUUUCUUUCUUUCUUUUUUUUUUUACGCGACAGAGCGUCGACACUAAAAAGGCAGGUGAUGCGUUCAUAUUCCAAUCAUUUUGCGUCCGAUCGCUCGAUGUCUCCUCCGCUGUCCCCCUCCGCUCGCCUGGCUGCCAGCUUCUUCAGCCGAGCUCUUUCGGCGUUCCAAAGCUCCGGAUCCAAACUCCAAGUCAUAUGCACCGCUCCCCCAUCACUGUCCCAUGAGGGCGAGCCGGAAGCUCUUCCGCCUCGCGUUCGGCCGCAAAUUCUGGUUGUGCUCGACUCAUCCUUCAAUCCGCCCACACGGGCACACCUGCACAUGGCCACAUCUGCGAUACGGGAGCUUUUGCAAAAGCAAGGUCAGUGCCCGGACGCAAUCCGGUUGCUCCUCCUCCUCUCUGUCAAUAACGCGGACAAGGGAGUCAAACCGGCUGCGUUUGAUAAGCGGUUGGCCAUGAUGUGGGCUUUUGCCCAGGAUGUUCAGCACGACUUGCGGAUGAGUUUUGGGAAUAGGCAAGCAGCCCCGGAAGCCCAGGGCUUGAGCGUCGACCUGGGACUGGCGACAGUGCCUUAUUUCCACGAGAAGAGCGCUGCGCUGGCCGAGGCAGGGUUUUACAAGGGACAAAGGGACCCGGACGACGAUCUGGCCGAGACGGAGCAGGUCUUCCUUGUCGGUUAUGACACCCUCGUUCGCAUCUUCAACCCCAAAUACUACGGCCCGCUUGAGAUGGCCAGCCAGGUUGCCACGGCGGAGCCUACACCUCUGCAAAAGGCGCUUGACCCGUUCUUCGGGCGUGCUAAGCUACGAGUAACAAUGCGGGCGGACGACAAAUGGGGAGGAGCGAACGAACAGGUGGCAUACCUUGAGAACUUGUUACACGCGGAGGGCCUGAAUAAGGUAGGAGGUAUUAGGGCCUGGGAGUCCAGGAUCGAGAUGGCCGAUGGACACAAGGCCGGGACCGAAGUCAUCAGUAGCACGUAUGCGCGGGCCGCGGCGAAGAAAAGGGAUCUGGGAAGGCUCGAUCUGAUGGUUACUCCGCGGGUGAGAUGGUGGAUAGAGCAAGAAAACCUGUACCUCGAGUGAUACGGGGGUGUCCCCAUCACCACCAAAAGGCCUCAUCCGGUAGCAUGUUUGCCAGUGUUCAUUUGGUGGUUGGAUGUUAGGUUCCAGGUCGCCCGUGUCUCGAAGAAACCAAAACGGACAGAUUUGCAGCUUCUAUUGGCUCACGAUGGCCCCGUUGCCGGACGGUGGUGGCAUGAUUGUCACGGUCUAUGUUCGACUUGCUCCAGGCGAGGACGUGUAACCCGUUGC